GUCGGAGCUGGCCUCCUCAUGUCUAAUGGUACUUGACGAUGAGUACAUUCCACAAUUUCAUGCUGCAAGCCAAAAAAGCACGCGCUGCCAUCAACAGAGGCAAGAGAUCCGACGCCAAGAAGAGCAAUUCCUCCAAACACGGUGCAGUGCCAUCUUCCGUGUCGUUGUACGUUGGACCGCCCCUGCUGAAGAUAGAUGACCGACGCUCAAGCCUCGAGGCGUGCUCGUUACUGACAUGGGUUUUCCCAAUGUUGACAGAGUGGACAUAGUACCGACCUCGGCCCCCUGGGACCUCCUCCCCGUUGAAAUCCAGAUCAAGAUAUUCGCCCACUGCGGCGUCACCGAUUUAUUACCGC